AUGUUUACUGGGUUGAAAUGCUCUACAUUUACGACAGGCGCAUAUCCGUCGACGAUGAGCAAUGCAACGCAUGGGGUUAGCAAUAGCUUAUUAUCAGCUCCUUACGACUUGAAUAUCUAUUUUGGGUUAUUUCUAUGGGUCGCAGGUAAUAUUGGCAGCAUUGGGAAUCUGAUUGUAUUCCGUUCUCCAUCAUUUCGCGCACAUGCGUUUUCAAUCUAUUUGUUUUCUCAGUCAAUUAUGGAUUUUAUUUAUUUUAAUUUCGUUCUUAUGACGAGAAUACUUCAAAAAGGUUUUGGCAUUCCUUUGUUAACGCGCUACGAGGCUCUGUGUAAGGCUCGUCAGUUUUUUUCAUUUUGGGGAAACCAAAUUUCAUUUUCGCUGUUUUCAUUUGGCACAAUUGAUCGGAUUCUGUCAACAAGGCGAUCGCAGAAUUUUCGAAAAUGGAGUAAUCGUCCUUCAUUAGCAUACAAAAUGAUUGUCGCAUCUUUUAUAUUUUGGUUUUUAUUGAUCGGUCAUCGUCUUGUCUUGUAUCGAAUCGAAAAUGGAAGUUGUGGACCAACAUCAGCAUCAAGUAUAUAUGUUGAAUGGGACGAAUGGUUUGAAGUCGCUACGUCAGCUAUCUUGCCACCGGUUGUUAUGCUCAUAUUUGCUUUUCUUUUAAUUCGAAGUGUUAGAGAAAUAAUCGAACGACGUAUUAAUCCGACAGCAGUUGAUAUCUCACCUCAAGCACAAAAUUCAAACAAAAAUGCAACUCUUCUUGCACAAAUGAGUUCAAAACUAACCAUCAUGUUAUUAUUACAAUCGGUACUUGUUGUGAUAACGUAUGUGCCAUAUGCAAUUGAGUUAGCUUAUACAAGUAUAACUGAUGAUUGGCCUAAAACACCUUUACAGAAAGCUGGAGAGAAAAUCUUUACUGAAUCAACGCAUUUAUUAUCAUAUGUUUUUUUCGCAUCAAGUUUCUAUAUUCUAUUAUUUACUAAUUCCGGAUUUCGCCGGCAAUUUAAACGUUCUUUCGGAAUUGAAAAACAAAAUGAUCUUACUAUGUAUCAAGGUACAACAUUGCGUACUCAAACCAAUGUUCCGAUUCAUUGA